CACCAAUCAUAACAAUAGGAGGGGACGGACAACGCUGCGUUAGGUUGUCAACUGUCUGAUUGGGUAAUAACAACCCCCCCCCGAAAAAAACCACACACAUAUUACUGCUGAUCUGAGUCACGACAGAGUUGGAAGUUUACCGACGGGGCUUGGGACGAAGACACGAUAAACUGAGUCGGACGCGACAUUCAUUCCACUGUGGAGUAAGGGAGGGUGGUGGUUACAUGCGGUCCUAGCUAGUUUGAUAGCAGCUAACGGUAGUGAAGCCAGUAGCUCGUUGACCACCAACCUUAUUGGGAAGUACCGUGGACAAACCGGGGGCUGAGAUAGUGGAAAGAAGAAGAAGAAGGGGUGUGUGUUUCUUUCUUCGAUAAUAGUCUGACAAAAAGGGGGCAAGUCAGACAGAUUGUGGCUACUUAUUAGCGAGACGGAAGCCACACAGACCGUGUUCAACACCGGUUAGCGUCCCGUUUGUUUCGUUGUUUUUGAAGCGUCUGCUAACUGUCCGUUAGACUCCUGGGUGUAGCAACGCCUGCAUGGAUGCUAGCUAGUUAGCCCCGGUAGCUAGCUAGCUAGCUGGUUUAUAUCAUUACGUUUGCUUUAACGUUAGCCAGCACCGUGGAAAAAAUCGCUUCAACGUCGAACUAAAACAACAACAACAACAAAAAAACAACAAUAACGUUUUGUUGUCUUAUUCCGAAACAACGCUGUUAAACACAUAAGUAAACCGAGGUGAACUAGUGAAGAAGAGUAACAUUUCCCUGUGAUAGCUGACGCCUUGCUGUGUCAUAACAUUCAAAGUGUAAGUGAAGUCCUUUUCGAAGAGUAUGCAGGACAAAGAAACGAUUUGGGAUAAGUAUAUAACAAAAGGACAAGGGGAAAUCCUACAUUGAUUGAAGUUCGUAUCGGUUACCCAAAAGGACUGCAUUUUAUUUGGAGAUCAAGUGUGAAAGAAAGGAAACCAGAAUGAAGAAGUUCUCCCGAAUGCCGAAGUCUGAGAGUGGCGGGUUGGGAGGGGGCUCCGGGUCAGGCUCCGGACUCAGCAACUACUUCGGGAAAGUGUUCGCCGUGGGCCGGUUUCAAGUCACCGUGGAAGAACUCAUAGCUGAAGGUGGUUUCUCCGUGGUGUUUCUGGCCCGGACACAGAGUGGCAUGCGCUGCGCUCUCAAGAGGAUGUACGUCAACAACGUCCCAGACCUCAACAUCUACAAGAGAGAGAUCACUAUAAUGAAAGAGCUGUCGGGUCAUAAGAACAUAGUGAACUACCUGGACUCUACCAUCAACUCAGUAGGGGACAGUGUCUGGGAGGUCCUUAUCCUCAUGGAGUACUGUAAAGCUGGUCAGGUAGUGAAGCAGAUGAACCAGCGUCUCCAUAUAGGGUUUACAGAGCCAGAGGUGUUGACCAUCUUCACUGAUACCUGUGAGGCUGUGGCCAGGCUGCAUCAGUGUAGAACCCCUGUCAUACACAGGGACCUGAAGGUAGAGAACAUCCUCCUGAGUGAUAAUGGGAGUUAUGUUCUGUGUGAUUUUGGAAGUGCUACUCACAAGGUGCUGCUCCCACACAAAGAUGGAGUGACCGCCGUGGAGGACGAAAUCAAGAAGUACACGACCCUGUCUUAUCGAGCUCCAGAGAUGAUUAACGUCUACGCAGGGAAGGCCAUUACCACCAAGGCUGAUAUAUGGGCUCUUGGUUGCUUGUUGUACAAGCUGUGUUUCUUCUCGCUCCCGUUCGGGGAGAGUCAAGUCGCCAUAUGUGACGGAACCUUUAUCGUUCCUGACAAUUCCAAAUUCUCCUUCAAGUUACACUGCUUAAUCAGAUAUAUGCUUGAGCCUGACCAUGAGAAGAGACCAGAUAUCUAUCAAGUCUCCUACUUUGCCUUCAAGUUAGCUGGAAAGGAGUGUCCAGUGGCAAAUCUCUUUAGCUCCCCUCUCCCCACGUCACUUCCUGAGCCACUCACAGCCAGCGAGGUUGCUGCUAGGAAGAGCAUGACAAAAGCCAGAAUCACGGAGUCCGCGGGCCCGACAGCUACUUCCAUCGCUCCGAGACAGAGACCCAAGGCUGCCAACAGUAACGUGAUACCCAUCCCUGUAGCAAACACAGCUGUCACCCCUAUAGCUGUGCCCGUCGCUGCCACGCCCGCCGCUGCCACACCUAUCACCGCCACGCCCAUCACCCCUACAGCUGUGCCUUCUGUAGCCGUCAGCAAUGGGCAGAAAGCUCCAACACCUGGUAACAGCCAGCCGGUUGCUCCACAGCCCCAGACAGCCAACAGGGUCCUUCAGCAGCUGCAGCCUGGAGACCUUCGUCUGCAACAACAACUACAUCCUGUCCAUCCACAGCAGCUCCAAUACCUUCAGUACCAGCAGGCCCUUCAGCAGCAGGCCCUUCAGCAGCAGGCCCUUCAGCAGCAGGCCCUUCAGCAGCAGGCCCUUCAGCAGCAGAUGCUGAUACAGCCCAUGUAUCAGCAACAACAGGCCCAGGCCCACGCCCAGGCCCACUACGUAGCAAUGAUGCACCAGUACCACCAGGCCUUUGCACAGCAGCAUCAACUUCAGCAACUACAAGUCCAUCAACAGCUUUCUACCCAGCAGCCCACUGUGACCUCCCCGCUAGAGUUCCAACUUCCUUUGGGCUCUUUUAACCCGGCUGGAUCUGGGGUCAGCCCUGGGGUCGUGGCGAUCGGGGCUGGUGCUGGAAAUGUGACACCUUCCCCUGUUGAGGCUCUAUACACUAACACCAGUAGAAACCCUCUGGUGGACCUAAAGGUGACCACCCCUCCCUCCCGUACCAACCCCCAGACGCUGGUCACCCCCCAGAGUCACCCUCCUGACAUGUCCCGCUGGAACCCCUUCGGAGAGGACAACUUCUCCAAACUAACAGAGGAGGAACUUCUGGACCGCGAGUUCGACCUCCUCAGAGCAAGUAAACCCGUGGAGAGAACCACUAGCAUGGAGGCAGAGCGACCGCUGCAGCCAAUCACCUCCGCCGCAACUGCCAAGCCCCUCCUCCCUGAAUACCUGUUUGGCUCCGCCCCCUUCCUGGCUAGCGCAGGUUCUAGUGUGAUGAUGACAGAUCAGCCUAUUGAAGAGCUCAGUAUCCCAGUCGCUGGCCCUGUUGCAGUCACCGCUCCUGUCCCUGUGGGCCAGCCAGGCCUUGAGGAGCAGCUACAGCAACCUCUUGCCAAGGAGCACAAACCAAGCAGGAGGUCUGACGGCGGCUCACAGACGACCCGCAAACCACCGGGCGGCGAAUCAGACAGCGACUUCGAGUCGGACCCUCCUUCCCCUAAGAGCAGCGAGGAGGAAGACGAAGGGCUGAACAGCGAGCAAGAGCAUGGAGAGUUCUUCAACGAACUGGAAAAUGUGGAGGAAAUGGAGACGCUGGGCCAGAGGCCUCUGUUAAUGGACUCGGAGGACGAGGCCGAGGAGGAGUACGACAAACACAGCUCCGACUCGGACUACGAGCCCAGGAAAGCUAAGGGAGGACGCUCAAAGAGGCUCCCAGGAGGUAAAGGAGGGGCAGUGGCUGCUGCAGUUACUGUCUCCCAUGAGGGAAGUCCGAGAGGGGAGCCCGAGGCCACGCUGGUCAUGAUCACACCUUCCGAGUCACCCAGUGUGGCUGCCGUUAGAGCUCCCCCUAGUGGUGGUGGAAUCAAGGACAUAUUUGGUGCCGAUGUGUUUUGCACGGUGCCCUUCUUUCCUCCUGUCGCAUCCCCCACAGAAAGCUCAGACAUCUUCUCCGCGGCUCCCUUCAGGCAGGUGAGCCAGGAGGCCGUGGCCAGCCAAGCCAUGGAGGAGUUUGAUGUCUUUACAAAAGCUCCGUUCAGCCGGAACCUCUCCAAAUCUGGCAAGACCGGCAGCAGCGAUGUCUCCAUGGGUCAGAACCAGCCUGUGUCCCCUGAGAUCAUCGACCCGUUCGGCUUCUCCCCCUUCCAGCCCGGCCCCACGGCCCCGCCACCAACCACCUCCAGGAGCGCCGAGGACAUCUUCCAUCCGGCCUUCGAGGAUUUGGCCAGCCCCCAGCAGCAGAGGCUAAAGCAGCGCAGCCUUCAAAAGCUGUCUUCCCGGCAGAGGAAGCUCUCUGGCAGCACAGACGGCGGCAGCAACGGAAAGCGCCACCACGGUACGCCUACCGGCGGACGCAAGAGCAACAAGCCCAGCUUCCGAACCCCCGAGCGCGUCCGCCGGCACAAGAAGGUUGGCAGGAGGGACUCCCAGAGCUCCAACGAGUACCUCAGCACCUCAGACUCCAAGGAGAACAUCAGCGUCGGCAGCGUAACGAUGACCGACAAAGACAAAGGGUCUUCCCUACCUAGCGAGGUCGACCCCAUCUUGGAUCCCUUUGGUGCCAAACCUUUCGGUCCUCAAGAUGGCAGCCGACUCAACCAGGGCCAGUACCAAGGUCUAAUGGACGGCAAGACAGACAUAGUUUCGGCCAAUGGCAGGCCUCAGACCAGCUCCCUCCACGGGGCGCUGGGGGUUGGGAACAUCAUGGAUGACUUUGGGGCGGUGCCCUUCACAGAACUGGUGGUUCACCCUGGACAUCAGCAGCAGCAGCAGCAACAGCAGCAGCCGUCUCAGCUCGUGGAGUUGGAUCCUUUUGGAGCUGCGCCUUUCCCCUCCAAACAGUGAAUGUCUCACUCGUCUUCCCGCCACAAACACACUCGUGCUCUUGUCUUUCUCAAUCACAUCGCUGUGUUACGCCAAGCCUAUGCAGUCCCCAGGGGGGUGAAUUCCCAUCCCAGCUUGAUUGGUGGUGUGGUGGUUGAUUAUCUUUUCGGCCAAAUGAAACUACCAGCAAUGGCUCUAACGACUCUCCUCUAAGUGUUUCCAAUGCUAUUUUUUAUUUUUUUUCCCCCUCAAAAAUAUUUUUAACACGCUAAUAACUGGAUUUUGGGAUUAACAAACCAACGUAAACCUGUGGAGUAUGGAGGAUUUAUUUCAGGUUCUGUAUGUAUCUACUUCUGCCUGUACCUGUUUUCUAACAAGCCUUUUAUGCUGCAUCGCAAUGAGACAUUUUAACAGGAGAGAUUGGCGAUUUGAUAACGGUUUCACUCAAGAUCACACUGUGACAAACAAGCUCGCUCAGUGUUCCGAUUGGUCGAGUUGCUGCAAAAAAAACAAUACUUUUAUGUGUAGAUAAUGGCCUCCUUCAAGAUCUACCAAUAAGAUUUGAUUAAUUUAGCACCAAGAAAGCCUUAUAUGGGCAUGGCUCUGCCCUGCUGCACAGUACCUCGGAAACCAUCGGCUAACAUUACCCUUUUGUGUCAACAGAAUGAGUCGUUUCAGAGUAGGCAUUUACCACUGUAAUAUUUCACCCUACAUAGACUUUUUCUAUGCAUAUUUUUACAUUUUAGUGUCUACUGAGACACAUAGCGAUAAUUUCUUUGGUUUUGUAAUUUUUAUUGCAUUCUCUAAUACUAGAACGAAAGGGAUUUUGGUUCUGUUUCAAGAUUGCUUUUUUUUUUAUGAUUUAGGACCGUUUCAAAUGUUAGGUUUGUUUCUAUACUUUUAGCAUUUCAACCGUGUCAGUAAAUUAAGUUCUAUUUUAAAGUGAUGUUAUUUUACCUUUAACCCAAUUUUUGAACGAGAGGAAGAACACAACUGUUCUCCUACGUGGUGAAACUGAAUCAACCGAUAUGACUACUUCCACUUCUUCUUAGUCCUGAAACACUCUCUCGUCGAUUGGUAACACAAGCCAUGCAUUCAUAAAGGGAAAGUGGGUCUAAAGUAGUACAACUUAUUAGAAUCAGGUCGUGUUUAAAUUAAAUGCACUUUCAGCAUCAACUCUUCCGUUGUCUGGUAAUUAUAGAAAGAAAGAUCUUUACCUAUCAUACAUACUUAGGCAACUCCCAGCUGUUGUUUAUGGAACCCAUUGGUUAAUAUUUAUUUGAACAAGUUUCCAUAAUUUUGUUGUCUAAUGCAAUAAAAUGUUUUUGGAUUAAAAUGGCCUAUAGUCAUGUAGCAUUUAGAGCCUUCUGUAAUCCAAUGUAUUUUAUUACUACAACUUGGAGUUAACAUAGAAAGUAAGACCUACGACAAAAUGGAUUUUAGACACUUCCAGGGCCUGUAUUCUUCCAGCGUCUCAGAGUAGGAUUACAGAUCAGGUUACAGAUUACAUGGACCAGCGAGACUUGAUCCUAGAUCAGCAGUCCUACUCGGAGAUGCUUUAUCAGUACACGCCCAGAUCCCUGUGUGCCAACAGACAACCAUCGCAUGUAUAAACCUGCUCAUGGGUAGUACUGUAGUAUUUAUAAAUAUUGAGAAAAAUACAAGCUUGUCAUUCUACAACUUUAAGGUUAAAUAUUACACAUUUACAAAACAUUGUCAUUGCACAUAACCCUAGUAGGGUUUUCAAUAGAAAGAACAGGCAUACAACUAAAGACAUGACUGACUGUAGCUUAUCCUCUAAGGCAAACAGUGUUAAGCUACAGGUGACGUGGUCCCAGCAGUCUAACAGAUCAGGAAAACAGACAACACAGUCAAUUAGCACAUCAUAUGAGCAUUGUUUUGUUAGCCAGCUGAACUCCUAACUGUACAGCAUAGGUUUAUACAUAUUCCUACUGACAGUUAGACCCUAAGUGUCAUUUGCUGUAAUGCUUUCAUAAGUCAGUGACUAUCCCAAACAAAAUCAAUGCAUAAAACGGUGACAAAAGGCUACAGUACAGUUGUCAAUGACAUUACAACAUAUAUAGCCAAGUUAAAAAGGAGCGCACACAUUCAGAGAUUCUUAUUUCCACUAUUGCGAAACUUAUGAACUCCUUUGAAAACCAAAAAGGUUACUUUUUAUUUCACUUAUUUUUCUUCAAACAAAGUCUAAUUAGGCCUAGAUUCAUAACGAAAGGUCCAUACAAUGCCUUCAGAAAGCAUUCACACCCCUUUGACUUUUUACACAUUUGUUUUGUGUUACAGCCUGAAUUAAAAAUGAAUAAAAUUGAGAUUGUGUCACUGGUCUAUGCACAAUACCCCCAUAAUAUGGAAUAAUGUUUUUGAAAUGUUUACAAAUUAAAACAAA